AUGACUACUCGAGGAGCGGUUGCCGCCCACCUUCUCCUAUGUGUCUUUGCUUGGAACCUACCUUUACUAGGUGCUGAUGAUCUUUGUCCUGAAGGCCAGUUUUCCUGUAGAGACUUCAACAAUACCUGCUGGGACCUUUUAUAUUGGUGUGACGACUACAGGGACUGUGACAAUGGAUAUGACGAGAAUGAAUUUCUGUGUAGUGCUGAUGAUCUUUGUCCCGAAGGCCAGUUUUCCUGUAAAGACGUUGACAAUACCUGCCUGGACCAACACUUGUGGUGUGACGAGACCAAGGACUGUGACAACGGAUAUGACGAGAAUGAAUUACACUGUAGUGACCACGGACCAGGAAGUAUCAUUGACUCUCGCGAAGAAUUCGAUCCCUUUUUUGAAUUUGGCAAGGAGCUGCAAUCCUACCCGGACUGGUGCGAGUUGCCGGAUGUCCCAGAAAUGUGCACGUGUUCGGAUUCAUCAAAUGUCAGCUGUGCAGGACAGAACCUGACGGCAGUUCCAGACGAUAUUUCGUACAACGCUACCAGACUAUAUUUGCAAGACAACAAUAUCAAACGUCUACCAGACUUCACUUUCAUCAAGUUCACGAUGCUGAUCUAUCUAAAUCUCGGGAGGAACGGACUGGCGGUUCUAGAGCCUGACGCGUUCUCAGGCUUAUUCAACCUGACAAAACUGUCGCUUAUUGAAAACCGUAUCGUGGAAUUGCAAGCCGGGCCUAUAUGUGAAGACCUUCCUUCUCUAGGUAUUCUCCUUCUCCAGGGAAACCGGAUAGAGAUUCUUCGACGAAACGCCUUUGUCGGGUGUGAGCAUCUAGGAAUGCUGGAAAUUGAUUACAACAGCAUUUCCGUGCUGGAGAAAGGAGUUUUCGACCAAAUGUUCAGCCUUAAGGAUUUGUCGCUUGCUGGGAACAAGAUCAGUCAUCUUCCAAGUGAUUUUUUCAGAAGUCUCCAACAUCUAAAUAGCUUAAACCUUUCCUUCAACCCUUUCUCGGAAUUCAAAGAAGGACUGUUUGAUGGACUCGGUAACUUGACAUCACUGGACCUUAAAGGAAUAACGAUCAAGAACAUCAACCGUCGGAUGUUUAAAGAUCUUACAUCGCUGGAUCACAUUUACUUCAGCAAAUUCCGCUACUGCUUUUUGGCACCACAUGUGCGGAACUGUGAGCCGAAAACUGACGGUUUGUCGUCGUUUGAAGACCUCCUGGCUAAUGUGGUACUGCGCAUGAGUGUCUGGGUCAUUGCCAUAGUGACAUGCCUGGGAAAUACAGCCGUCAUGAUUGGUCGAACGGUAAUGAAGCAGGAGAAUAAGGUCCAUUCACUCUUCAUCAAGAACCUCUGUGCGUCUGAUUUCAUCAUGGGUGUCUACCUGCUUGUCAUCGCUACUAAGGACAUGAUGUUCCGCGGCGAGUACCACAGACACACCCACGCCUGGACCAACAGCCUGGGCUGUCAGAUCACCGGCUUCCUGGCCAUGCUGUCCGCAGAAGUCUCCGUCCUGCUGCUCACCUACAUGUCUGUGGAGAGAUUCCUCUGCGUCGUGUUCCCGUACCGCGACAACCGGCCUAACAUCCGCCAGGCCGCCGUCGCCAUCUGCCUCAUCUGGUUCUUCGGACUGCUGCUGUCCGCGGUGCCCCUCUUCGUCCCGUAUUACUUCGAUCACUUCUACGGCAGCAACGGCGUGUGUUUCCCGCUGCACCUGCACGAGCCGCACAUGACCGGCUGGGAGUACAGCGCCUUCGUCUUCCUCGGAGUCAACUUCAUCUCCGUGCUGGUGAUCGCGGCUGCCUACGUGGGUAUGUUUAUAUCCAUCCAGCGCACGCGGCAGCAGAUCGCCACGCACCUCACCCUCUUCACCGACAUGUCCUUCGCCAAGCGGUUCUUCUUCAUCGUACUGACGGACUCGCUAGUCUGGCUGCCCAUCACCGUCAUCAAGUUCAUAGCUCUGGCCGGAAUCCCAAUAUCAGGGUCCAUGUACGCGUGGAUUGUGAUCUUCGUGCUGCCCAUCAACAGCGCCAUCAACCCGAUCCUGUACUCCCUCACCACCAGGACCUUCACCACCCUGCUGGAGAACAUCGUGAAGGGAAGCCCGCUGAGUCUGCGGUCACGACCUGAUUACGAGAAGGCCCCCGAUGCUGGGACAACUACUGGAAACACCUAUUCAACAGCCCUGUCCUCCUCCUAUCCACUCCGACCGCUCAGAAACUACCGAGGCAUGCACGUAAGCCGCUCAACUGAGUUCGAGGUGUCAGUAACGACAUCCAGCUGCCAACAGAACAGCACCAACGGGAUCGGGCGCGACCCGUCCAUCCCCUCCGUACUGGGCAUGCGGCUGCUCAAGCCCAACCUGGACGACGUGCCGGAGCUGCCGUCCACCGUCAGCCAGGCAGAGUCCAACCCAGACGGGAAAGACGACGACAGCGAGUCGUCAAACGACGAAAACGUCACAGUGGUCCAAGAGAACGAGAAAACCAAGAUGCAAGACGGUGUGGAGAUCCAACAUGACGUUGACAUUGCCUGUGAGCAAAUACGGUACGACGCUGCUGAAGAAGGCAACUCUGCCGGUUCGGGAACCUCUGCUCCAGAGGACGAAGCUUACGGGAACGACGACGGAGCCACUCCCCAAGAUAACAACACCGGAAACACACUUGAUAUCAUUGUUACAGAAGCUGAGGUCAGUGCAGAAACGUCUGGCUACGACACGGAAACAAAUAAUGCGAUAGCCUGAGAGAGUAGAUUUCACAAAGUAUCAAUAAUGUCAUUUGUAUAUUGGUGUCAUGUUUGGUGUAGUGGUGCCUUUGUGCUGAUAGCGUGUACAAGACGAGUAAAAAAUAACGGUGUCAAUAAUCUGUGGGUAGCAAAAUGCAACCAUGUACAACAAAGUACAGCUCGUCAUUGUAGGCUGUGGCAUUCAAAUAUACUGGUGUAUGUAGAUUACUCUUGGUGAAUACGAAGAUGUUGUCCACGAGUGCUGAAAUGUAUUGAUCAAAUCAAACUGUGUAUGUGCGUGGUCGUUUGU